CGCGGCAGUCUGUGUUGAGCUCUUGAGAUAGUCGUACGUAUCGUGAUGCCUCCAGCAGAUCGUUUAGUACCAAUUGCACGGAAAGCUCUUCCAAUUUUGAGGGAUUUGUACAAGGUUGAUUGGCCGAAGCAUCUCAUCAAUUACCAAACAAUUAACAACUUUGUCAAUUGGUACAAUCAAACAUCAUCCAUUGAUGAAGUUUUCAUUUGGAGUCUCAAUGAUACUUGGCGAGACAAUGGAACUUUUAUUAUCAAAAGCAAUGAUAAUUUCUUGCAGAGUCAUUAUGAUAUUCACUGUGGUACCCUCGAUGGGAAUGAGGAGACUCUCGUACGAGCUUUCUGCUUGAUUAAUUGGAAUAGACCAUUGCUAAUUUGCUCCUUCGUAGAAUACCAACGACCACCGAUCGUAAAAGCUCUGAAAAUUCACAAAGUUCCCAUAAAGUACGAUUGCUCAUAUAAAUUUUUUACAUUACCCAAAGAGAAGGCAAAAGCUCUACCAUCUGUAGAUCUUGCAGAUGACAUAACAAUUAGGAGAUUGGGAGUGAGAGAGGCUGAAAAGGCAAAUGAUUUGUGGCCAUACAAAAAGGAUGGAUCGCUGACUUUUCUGCAGAAAGUAGCCAAGUACAGCAUGUGCUACAGCGCGUACACAUCAUCCAAUGAGCUAGUUGGUUGGAUCUUUACAGACACAUCCGGUGGCAUUGGUACACUCCAUGUAGUCGAAGAAUUUCGCGGCAGGAAAAUUGCUCAGGCUCUCGUGGUGAAGUUGUGCCAACACAUGGGUGGUACUCUCAAAAUUGAUCCUCAUGCCUUUAUUGUUAAAACGAAUUUCCCAUCAAUUAAUUUAUUUGAAAAGUUGGGCUUCAUUGAGAGUGAUGAACUUGGAUAUUGGAUUCAAACUGACGCAAUGGAAGAGAGUUAAUAUUAAAAAAAAUCUUUUUGGCUACCCAGUAAACAAAAUUUGUUCAAUAUUGACUCAAUAUUGAUCAAUUAUUCAUCAAUAUUUGAGCAAUCUUAAUUGAGUGCUUAUUGCCUCAAUCAAUUUGUUUACUGGAUAUUAUUAUAUUAUUAUGUUUAUAAAUUACCAAUUUUUAAAGAAUCCAAAAAAAAGAAAAAAUGAAAACAAAAUAUAAUAAAAAUUGAUUCAAUUUACCCCACUCUCCCAUAUAUAGUGCACUGUAUAGUUAUUUUACUUCCACACGCAUAUUGCAGGAUUGAGCAAUCAAUGUGGAUUAAGUUGUAUGAGUGAGAGAUAAAGUUGUUGGUGGAAAAAAUGAAGCAAAAUA